AUGGCCAGCAGCGACGCGCACAGCGAGGGUCCAGCGCGGCGUCCCGGGGCCCCGGGCGGGCGGGCGGGCCAGCCGGCCUCCCGCCGCCCCGAGCCGCUGUCCACUGCUGAAGCGCCGGCCGCGGGCGCCGCGCUGCCGGCCUGGAUGCGCCUCUACUUCUACGGGAUGCACGGGAUCACCGUGGACGUGCUCGUGUCCUCGGCGCGGCGCUUCGUUCGCAGCCCCGACCUCCGGAUGCUGGGCUUCUCGUCGCCCUACCGCUGCCUCCUGCACGCGCUCACGCACUUCGCCCUGGAGAAGGUCUACCUGCAAAAGCGGCUCUGCCCCAGCGCCUUCCUCUUCAAUUUCCUCCUGUACCCCUCGGCCCACGUGGGGUUGCAGACCCUGGCGAGCCGGGCGCUGCUGUUCAGCCUAGCCGGCCGGCCGGGGGACACGGCGGCGCCGGGGGCGCUGGACCUGGUGCUGCAGUACGUGCUGGCGCUCUACCACUGCCAGGUGUUCCUGAAGCGCUUCCUGUGCUUGCGGUACGGGCAGCAGCAGCAGCAGCAGCAGCAGCUGGACGUGCCUCCAGCACCCCCGGGCACCCGGCCCCCUGCGGCGGUCAGUGGCAGAGCAAGAAGACCCCCCGGCGCCGGGCGCGCCAGGGGAGCCUCCAGCCGUGGGCUGCCUGACCUGCUCCGCUUUCUUUUCUUUGGCAUGCACGGCUUUUUGGAUGAGAUCUUCUUCACCUUCUUCUUUAAUGUGCUGGGGCAGGGAGACCAGGCGACCAGCGGUCACACAUCGCUGUGGUCCUUCCUUAUGUAUGGCAGCUGCAGUUUCGUAGUAGAAAAGCUCUACUUCCACCUCCACUACGGUCGCGGCUGGGGCACCUGGAGGCGGGUGCCCAUCUACGUAAUCUUCAUCUACACGUGGGAGUUUUCCUGGGGUCUCGGGCUCCGAACGUGCGGCGCUUGCUCCUGGGACUAUUCCCACUACCCGCUCAAUUUCAUGGGCCUCAUCACUCUGAUGUAUCUACCCGGCUGGAUAUUCCUGAGUGUGUACCAGGACCUACUUUCCAACGUGUUGUGGCGGGUGCAGUACGUACCAACUAACUAACCCCCUCCCCGGAAAAAGUCACUGGAUUCCCAUGAAUGAUUGCAAUUUAUUUUUACACGCUUUAAACGGAGUGGGUUUUUUUAGUCUUUUACUUUUUAUACGUUUUACUAAACUCUUCCAACAUGUUUUGUUCGACAUUUAAGUUUCUCUGACUAUUUGGAACCUAUGCAUAAUACUUUGAAAUGUAACUAGAAGCAUAAUUCAAAGUAUUUAAUUCAUCUGUUUAAAAACCCAUACAAGGCCAAUCAGCAAAACCAUUAUACCUUAACAUCUAACAUCGGAAAACUGUAGUAUUCACUUACUGUAGUAUUCACUUACUUGGGCGUAGGUGUGUGAUAACUACUAAUCUUUCCUUUUUCUUUAAUGAGGACGUUCUUAAAUCAGACAUCAGCGGUUUUUUGUUUGUUUGUUUUACAGAAUUUGGCGAAUUUUUCUGAUUUGAUUUGUUU